AUAUACAAGCAAGUUUGUCAAGAUCAUUAGCUCUUUUUUUUCCUAUUCAUUUUCUUGAUUUCUUAACUCCAAUAAUUAAUAAUGCCAAUUUCUCCAAAAAAUAUCAAAGAAUUUGUCCAAAUUCAAGGACAUGGUGUUAAGGGUCUAGCUGAUAUUGGUAUUACAUCUUUGCCUACCCAAUACAUCAAACCAGAUGAUGAGAGGUUAAACAAACAAAAAAUCUCCCUUACCAAAGAUAAUGGUGAAGAUCACUCGAUCCCCAUCAUCGACAUGUCGAAUUCAGACACCGAUGCAACGGAAAAACUCAUUUGUAAUGCUGCCGAGAAAUGGGGGUUUUUCCAACUUGUUAACCAUGGGGUGCCUCUUAAAGUGUUGGAGGAUGUCAAAGCUGCAACUUAUCGUUUUUUCGAGAUGCCGGUUGAGGAGAAGGCGAAGUAUUUGGCGAAGAAUUCACCCUGCAAAAAUGUGAGGUAUGGGACUAGCUUUGCCCCUGAUUUUGAGAAGGUGUUUGAGUGGAAAGAUCACCUUAGCCUCUUUGUUGUUUCUGAGGAUUAUGAAGAAGAAGCCUUAGCUUAUUGGCCUCUUCCAUGCAGGGAUGAAGCAUUGGAAUACUUGAAGAGUACGAAAAAUGUGAUAAGUAAUCUUUGUAAGAUACUUAUGAAGGGAUUAAACAUCCAUGAGAUUGAUGAAAGAAAAGAGUCUCUCUUGACGGGUUGUAAGAGAAUAAACCUAACUUAUUAUCCAAAGUGUCCAAACCCUGAGUUAACUUUCGGAACCGGUCCUCAUUCAGAUGCAUCAACCCUCACUAUACUUCUUCAAGACGAGGUGGGAGGGCUCUAUGUUCGACGAUUAGACGACGAGAGUUGGAUUCAUGUGCCUCCUAUCAGUGGUGCUCUCGUGGUCAAUGUAGGUGAUGUUCUACAAAUAUUUAGCAAUGGCAAGUACAAGAGCGCUGAACACCUUGUGAUCCCGAAUGGAAACAAAUCUAGGGUUUCGGUCCCAAUUUUUGUGCAUCCGACUUUUAAUGAUAUUAUUGGUCCAUUACAAGAGAUUGUUGAUAGAGGAGAUAAGCCAAUUUACAAAGAUGUUUCUUUCUUGGAUUAUAUGAAGUACUUUUUAAGUAAACCUCAUGAUGGAAAGGCCACGAUCGAUUUUGCGAGCAUUUAAGAUAUAAUAAUUCGGUAUCAAUGAAGUUAAUUAUUGGAAGACUUAUAAGCUUCUACUACUAUUGCGCGCUUUCCUUGUAGCUUAUAAGUAAAUUAAGCUCAGUUAAGUACUUGUUUACUUAUAUAUUCUCAUAUGCUAAUUAAUAAGUCGUGAUUCUUAUAAAUGAACACUUUGUAUUACAAUGAAUUGAAUGUACUCUGUAUUAUUUGAAUAAAUAUAAAGUAACAGAGGAUACUAAAGGUAUACUCGUAAUUUUACUAUUGUACAAUAUUAUUAUAUAUAUGAGUCACAGACACCC